CUCCCGGCUUAGCCCACAGGGAGGGCGGCAACCCUGGACCAAAGCUUUUCCUCACGCCUAAGGUGGAAGCGAGGACGCGGAGCCGGGAAGCCGCGGUGGGAUGCGGCUGACGCGGACCCGGCUCUGCUCGCUCCUCGUCGCCCUGUACUGCCUCUUCUCCAUCUACGCCGCCUACCACGUCUUCUUCGGGCGCCGCCGCCGGCCGCCGGGCGCGACCUCUCGGGGCUCCAGGAAGACAGCGGCGCAAGCGAAGGAGAGGCGCGGCCGAGAGCAGUCCGCGUUGGAGAGUGAAGAAUGGAAUCCUUGGGAAGGAGAUGAAAAAAACGAGCAGCAACACAGAAUUAAAACUGGCCUGCAAAUCUUAAACAAAUCCACAAAAGAAAAAAUAGAGCAUCGUGUGCAAAUCUGGGGCAAAGCUGCCAUCGGUCUCUAUCUCUGGGAACAUGUUUUUGAAGGCACUCUCGCUCCUGCUGAUGUGACUGCUCAGUGGAGGGAAGGACAGUCAGUUGUAGGAAGAACACAUUACAGCUUCAUCACUGGCCCAGCUGUAGUUCCCGGGUACUUCUCCAUAGAUGUGGACAAUGUGGUCCUUGUUUUAAAUGGAAGAGAAAAAGCAAAGAUCUUCCAUGCCACCCAGUGGUUAACUUAUGCCCAGAAUUUAAUACAAACCCAAAAACUGCAGCAUCUGGCUGUUGUCUUGCUUGGAGAUGAGCACUGUGAUAAUGACUGGAUAAUGCAGUUCCUCAGAAGAAAUGGAGGCUUCGUGGACCUACUUUUCAUAACAUAUGACAGCCCUUGGAUUAAUGGUGCAGAUGUCCUCCAGUGGCCGUUAGGUGUAGCAACAUACAGGAAGUUUCCUGUGGUUGAAGCCAGCUGGUCCAUGCUGCAUGAUGAGAGACCCUAUAUAUGUAAUUUCUUAGGGACUAUCUAUGAAAAUUCAUCAAGACAAGCACUAAUGAACAUUUUGAAACAAGAUGGAAAUGAUAAACUUUGUUGGGUUUCUGCAAGAGAACAGUGGCAGCCUCAGGAGACAAAUGAAAGCCUUAAAAAUUACCAAGAUGCUUUGCUUCAUAGUGACCUCACAUUGUGCCCUGUAGGAGUGAACACUGAAUGUUACAGGAUCUAUGAGGCCUGCUCCUUUGGCUCCAUUCCUGUGGUAGAAGACGUGAUGACAGCUGGCCACUGUGGAAACACAUCCAGUCAGCACAGCGCUCCUCUGCAGUUACUCAAGGCCAUGGGGGCCCCCUUCAUCUUCAUCAAGAACUGGAAGGAGCUCCCUGCUAUUUUAGAAAAGGAAAAAACUAUAAUCUUACAAGAAAAGAUUCAAAGAAGAAAAAUGUUACUUCAUUGGUACCAACAUUUCAAAACAGAACUAAAGUGGAAAUUUACUAAAAUUUUAGAAAGUUCAUUUUUUAUGAAUAAUAAAGGUUAAUUAUAUCUAG